CAAAAUAUCUAGCUUUCCUCUUCCAGAAACAACAGUUCGGGAAGUUUCUGGAUCAUAAAACACACACGACACAUCGUCUUCUUAAACCUCUCCUUACAUAUUUCUCCACUCUAUAAAAACAACUUCAACUCCUUUCAACAAUGUCUAUCAUUUCCUUGUCUUGCAUGUUCUUCCUGUCUUUCUAACGUAAGACUUUGUUUUUCAACGUAAGACUUUGUUUUUCAACGUUUCUUGUAAGUAUAUAAACGUGAGUUUUGCCAUACGGUGGAGAUGGAGGAUAGUGGGGUUUCGACCGGUUCAUGUUCAUCUUAUUAUAGUGUUCUUGGUGUGAGUUCGGACUCUUCCAUUGAAGAGAUUAAACGUGCUUAUCAUAGACUUGCUAUGCAAUGGCAUCCUGAUAAAUGGGCGAGGACGCCUUCUUUGUUAGCUGAAGCUAAACGUAAGUUCCAGCAAAUUCAAGAGGCGUAUUCAGUGUUAUCUGACCAUAAAAAGAGGGCCUUAUAUGAUAUUGGCAUGUAUGAUCCUCAAGAUAAUGAAGAAGAAGAAGAUGGAUUCUCUGAUUUUGCUCAAGAAAUGGUAUCUCUAAUGGCACAGGAGAAGAGAAAAAAUAAGAAUUACAGCAUGGAGGAGUUGCAAACAAUGUUAAUGGAUAUGGUACAAGGAUUCGAAUCUUCGUUUUCAUACACCGAAUUUUCCGGCCAUGACAGCUCGAAAAGGGCGCGGUAUGAUUCCAACGCAACGAUGAAUGACAGAGGUUCACAUUUUGGCAUACCAAGCUGGGGCAUAUACGGAACUACAAGCAGUUUUUGUAACUGAAAAUUGCAAUUUUGCUCGUUCUGAAGGCCUUUUGAUUGUCAAGAUUGCAAGACAUGUAAACAAAAUAAAAAAAUGUUUGUCUUUUCAAUCUUGUUGACGGACAUGAGUUGUGACUUAUGAUGUGUUGUGACUUGUGAUCUGAGUCAUUGUACAUAUGUUUUUAGAUAGAUGAUGAUGACAAAUUAAUGUGUAGGAAGUUUCCUGAUGAAAUGCUUAAGCAUGACACUUUUUUUUUGGAGGAAUUAAGCAUGACUUCAGUUGCAUGUGUUUAUGA